AUGGGGAGGAGGAUUUUGAAUGAUGCGCUGAGGACGAUCGUGAAUGCGGAGAGACGAGGAAAAGCUUCGGUGGAGCUGAAGCCAAUCUCCACCGUCAUGUCUUCGUUCCUGAGAAUCAUGAAGGAAAAAGGUUAUAUCAAGAACUUUCAAGUCUAUGAUCCACAUAGAGUUGGUAGAAUAACAGUUGAUCUGCAAGGGAGGGUUAAUGACUGCAAAGCUCUUACCUACAGGCAAGACGUUAGGGCUAAAGAGAUUGAGAAAUACACAGAACGCACACUUCCAACACGUCAGUGGGGUUAUGUUGUAAUGACAACUCCGGAUGGGAUUUUGGACCAUGAAGAAGCAAUUAAACGGAAUGUUGGUGGUCAGGUUCUUGGUUUCUUUUAUUGA